UGGAGGGUUUGCAGCGAGACACUUAACCUCUUCUCCACUCCAUAGAAAAACCGAAAAACCCUCCCGAUCCGACGACCGUAGGCCCUCCUUGCCGUUGACGAGGCGAGGCGGGUGACGGGCCGGAUGCGACGGGCCGGGGAUCCGCUGCGGGAUGAGCUAGUGGCCGGGAGGAAGGGACUUGGAGGCGAUAGGGGAGGCGUGGCGGGGCACCGUUUGGAGCUCACCUGGCCAUCGCCCUUUUAAAUCCCGGCAGUGAAUCUGGAGAGGUAACACGAGGCAUCGAAGGGGAGCAGUUCGAUUGGCCACCCGCCUGCCUUCUAGGCACACCUCUCCCCCAGAAGGACACUGUGAUUGGCAGGGAGAAAAAGUAAACAGAGGAUAACUUGCAACCGCCACGUGUGGCCUCUUUCCAAGACCAGCUUAUUAGAGAGUCCGCUCUGAUCGUCGGUGGGCUCGCUUUGCAAGCCGGAGGUCCCGGGAGUCCCAGAUCAGGGAGCUAGGAGAAAGAGAGAGAGAGAGAGAGAGACUCUACGGUGCAGCCUUAGGUGGUCGAUGCUGCAUUUUGAAGUCACCGAUUGUUACGUAAAGAAUGAGGGAGUGAAGUCGGCCGGUUCGGGCUUGGAAGCGCAACUCCCCUCCGUGUGCCGCUCCCGCAGCCGGAGGACGAGCGGUCUCCCGAUCUGACAAAGUCCGGGAGGCGCGGCAGCGAAGUGCGGGUGCCUGGCCUCGGGCUCUCCGGCGCGGCGGUCGCUCUCCCUCACCAUGUCGGCCGCUGCCUAUAUGGAUUUCGUGGCCGCUCAGUGCCUGGUGUCCAUUUCCAACCGGGCCGCGGUGCAGGACCUAGGGGCUCAGGAGGCGGAGCGGCUGCGAAUGCCCGAGCGAGAAGCGGCCAAGGAACCGCACGCCGAGCCCGGGGAUGCGUGGAAGGAUUACUGCACGCUGGUGGCGAUUGCGAAGAGUCUGUUGGACCUGAACAAAUACAGACCCAUCCAGACCCCUUCGAUCUGCAGCGACUGCAUAGAGAGUCCCGAUGAGGAUAUGGGAUCGGACAGCGACGUGACCACCGAAUCUGGGUCGAGCCCUUCCCACAGCCCCGAGGAGAGGCAGGAUUCUGGCGGCGUGCCCGGCUCGCUCUCCCUCCUUCACGGCGGAGUGCCCGCCAAGGGGAAACUAGCCUCCGAAAAGAGACACAAGUGUCCCUACAGUGGCUGUGGCAAAGUCUAUGGAAAAUCUUCCCAUCUAAAAGCCCAUUACAGAGUGCAUACAGGUGAACGCCCCUUUCCUUGUACCUGGCCUGACUGCCUUAAAAAGUUUUCCCGCUCAGAUGAGCUGACCCGCCACUACCGAACCCACACUGGGGAAAAGCAGUUCCGCUGCCCACUCUGUGAAAAGCGCUUCAUGAGGAGCGACCACCUGACAAAGCACGCCCGGCGCCACACCGAGUUCCACCCAAGUAUGAUCAAGCGGUCUAAAAAGACCAACCCUACCCUCUUUUGAGGGAUGGACCAGGCCCGGGUGGAAAGGACGCUGUCAAAACAAUACCACAAAGACAAACUGCAACAGCCACCCCCAAAAGAUGCACAUUGAUCUCACAGCAACUCCACCGCUGUACAGUCAAAUUCUCCUGCGUUUUUUAAAAGCACAUGUAGCUGAAGUUGAAAAUCAAUAUUUGGUCCCCUUGGAAGGCUGCAGAUAAGUUCUGGCUCGAGGGAGGCAGAUGGAUUUUCUCAAGUACAGUAUACUCUUGCUUAUUUGGGCUAAACUCUGGAUCGGUUGAACCGGAAAUCCAAGAAACUUAAAUAAAUUGUGCUCCAUACAGCCUAGUCGAAGUUGGUAGUUUCACUGAUGUCUCAUUACUUUCCGGCGGCAAUAUAUUGCUAUAGUCCAGGGAAUAAUUUUAAAAAACUGGACUGUGUGAUUAGCUAUAGUAGAAUAGGGUAUGAAAACCAUCAUGGUUUAGGGGGGAAAAAAAUCGAAUAAAGCCUGUUGUUUGGGGCUUUGUUGGGUUUUUUUUUUCUUUUUUGGUAGAAGCCUGCCUUUCAGGCUUUUUUCGAUCCCCUGCUUCAGCUGAAAACAAUAGAUCUUGAUCACCUUCAAACUGAUAUUUCAUCCACCUCAAGCUCGGUGGUUUCUGUUCUAUAGUGUAAGUGUAGUCUUGGAGAUGCUCACUGAUGUCUUUCUCUUCGUCGGAAGGAGCUGUUUUCUCAGGUUCCUGGAUGUAGACUGUGAUUUCACUUGUCAGCACCUCCUUGUAGCAGUAGUCACCGCCAUCCAAGGGUAGCCAUUCCAGCACAUUUUGCUUGCUGUCCUCAAGCCAUUGACACCCUUCAGUGAAACUUUUGACCACUUCCUCCCCACCAGGUUGAGCAAUUCUGGUCUCCUCCCCAGGGUCAGGCAAGAUCUUCUGCCAUGAUCGCCUAAUAGGCGAUGAAUCGAUCAGUGUUAUUUGCUGAGUGCCUACUGUACGCCGAGCCCCGUACUCCGCGCUCGAGAGAGUAUACUGGAGGCUAAAAGGACAUGUUUCUUGCCCUCAAGGAACUUAUGCUCCACUGCGCUCCAAGAGACAAAAGUUCUGGAAGAAAAUCUUGAAGGAGGUUUGAUUGGCAAUGUGGCGUUGCAACAGGGCCCCAUGAUAUUGCAGUUUUCGGCAGUCAAUCACACCUUGAUCUCUCGGAUGAAUCAAGGCUGUGAUGUUGGGCGGCAGGUACUUCACGAAAAUGUUCCCAUCCGCAGAUGUGAGCUCUUCUGCAUCAGACUGGGAUGGGGCAUUGCCAAGAAGCAGCACAGCCCGUUCUGGCAGCCCACAUUCCCCCAAACGGGUCUCGGUUUGCGGCACCUGUUUAAGGUGGAGCCGAUCCUUAAUUGUAUGAUCCGUCCGUGCUCCUUUCUGGUUGAAGUAGCUGACAGGUAGAUUGGAGGCUGGAGAAUCCGUGAAUGAGCGAAGCUUCUCUGCUUUGCCCACACCUGCCAGCUUCAUCUUGCGGGACCCUGUUGCAUUGCUACAACCAAGGAGUGUCGUACGUUCCUCUGACGCUUUGGAACCGAGGGCUCGGCAUUUGUUUUCAAGUGCCGACGUUCUUCUCGGAGGGCAUUUCCAAUCGAGCCCAGUUUCAUCUGCAUGGUGUUUUUUUUAUCCAGUUGAAAGUUGUUUUCCGCAAUGAAAUCUUGAAACUCUUUGAUGAAGUCCUCUAAAGCUUCCGUGUCAGCCCUCGGCUUCUCUCCAUCGCUGCUCAACUCUCUGAGGCCACGGCGCUGUUACCGCCUGGUGAGCCAACCAGAAGAUACAUCCAACUCUCCUUCCAUUCCUAGGGUGUGGAAAAAUAAACCAAAAACAUCUGACCGUUUUACAAGUGCCGGUCCUGCGAUAAGGCUUCCCAUUUGCUCGUGGUGGGCGAAACCCUUCAGAGAGAGCCGGGUUAAGCUCCAUAUGCAGUGAGUGAUCUUUCAUGGACUUCCGCUUUUUUAACACACCUCAGCCGUCGGCAGUUUUGCACGAAGUUGGCGAUUUCAGUCUUCGGCUUUGUAAUGUCGCGCACCGUCGGCUUUCCGAUGGUGAAUAGCUCCAUUCUCGUCAAGUUCACCGAGGACCCUUUCUCAAGCUUGGCUGUGACUUCCGGCUUUGGCUCCAUGAGGAUGACGACGUGUUUGUGUUUUUGCUCUUCACUUCUCUUGAUGUUUAAGAAGGGGUUGGUCAAGUGACUACUGUACCGACUGCCUCUCUACUGUACCGACCGGCCAGAUUGAACCCCCGGCAACCCGGAGCAAGGAUUCCUGCUGCCCGAGCGGCGGACGCGCUCUGCCCUGAACAGUAUUAAACUCUCCCGGUGAGACUUGCAUGUGGAAACUAACGGGACAUCCCCGGAUUGCUGGGACAGGAUACCGUCCCCCGCCCCCUACCCCACCCCCCCCGACUUCCUUCCCUCCCCCGCACCCCGAUCUGCUCACUGCCCAGUGAGUAUGCGUAGUAACGCAAGGGACGAGCUGUCAGUCAGGAGGAAGGAUUCCUGCCGCCCAAGAUACAGUACUCUGACUGCACUUCCCGAGCCCUGCUCGCCAGCAGAGGAUGGGUUCCUUUCGACCCUUUGCCAGCUUGCAUCCUCCAACCCUUCGGCGUUUGUGCGUAGAAUUGACUCCAGAUUCGUAGUGAUUGUAAGCGUCUUUUGUACAGUAUUGGAAAAUUCAAAAGUGCUUUCAGAUAACCCCAAAAUAACAACCCCCCUCCGCCCCCCGCCAAUUUUUUUUUCUGAAAAAUUGGCCCAGAUAAUUCUCAACUCCCUGGAUUUUCUGCGGCCGGAUAAUCGAGAGUAUACUGUAAUCAACAAUGGUGUACAUAUGUCUGACUGGGUGGGUUGACCUGGGCAUCAUACGAGUGAUUCCAGGCUAUUUGUGCUUGCUGUCAAAGAGUGUGUGUUGUUUUUUUUUUAAAUGCAAUGCUGCCUGUGCUACAUUUCUUUAGCCUAAACCACCCUCCGACUAACUGAACUUUUGAAAGAAAAAACGCCAUAGCACAGCUGUCUUUACGCAAGCAAGACCACAUCUACUCCAGCAUGAUCUGUCGUCUAAAGACUUGAAAACAAGUUCAUGGGUUACGUAUAGUUGAUUGGUAUGCAGAAGUUGAAUUUUUAACUAGAAACAACCUGUUAAGUACAGAACCUUUAAAGCUUCCUUUGUAUGAAGUAUACUUUUGAUCAUAAGCUGCACUUUUAAAAAUUUCUAGUAAAACUGUCAUAUAAGUAAAGCACAUGCUUUAAAGUUAAACAAAAAUUUAGGGGGGGGACGGGGACAGCCUAUUAUAAUUUGCUUCUAUUUUACUUGCUAGGCUAAACAGACGUUACCCUACGAGAGCAUGGCAGGGACAAGGCAAGAGAGCAGGACUAUACAAUGCAAAUGUUGUUGGAGGAGAAAAUGUUUCCAAGCUAAAAGUGUUAACUAUUAACUUUUUCAAAUGUUCCAGUCUUUUCUGUUCCCAUCACUGACUGUACCAGAGCACCACGGAUAGACUUGGUUUUGAUUUGAGUCCUUCUAACUGUUAUUUUCUAAACGGUCUUCCCAUCUUCAUACAAAACUCCCCCUGACAGGAGAGAGAAUUUUUAAAAAAUAGAACUUAGAGGCAGAAAGAAAACCAGUGAAAACUUCUUCAAUUAUUUCAGAGGCUCCUUUGACAUAAUCUUAGCUGUGUGAUCUUGAAACAAAGCCCUUUUUAAUGGAGGAAGUGAAGGGAUUUGGAACUACUCAACAAUCCACCAAAUAGACCAGAGGAUCGUUUCCAGCAUAGACCUCACCACUCUGUAUGCUGUAUUCGCGUGUCUACCGUUAACUAAGACCACUACAUCACUCCAUCAAUUAUAUAACAGGAGAAGACGUCUAUUUUGAUCCUUAAGAUAAAUGGUGAGCCUUUUUUUAAAAACAAAAAGAAUUGUAUUUUCAGCCUUGUAAAUGCCAGAAGAGACCUGAAUUGAGGCACAUUAGCACGAUGGUGGGGAAAUAUGUUUACAUUUUUCUUUGCAGAAAUAAAAUUUCUGAGCAUCUUUGUCAGCACAUCUUUAAAGCAGGUAAUUUCAUUACACCCGAGUUUAUAUCCGGGGUGCGAACGAGUUGAAGUCAGGUUUCAUUCCUGCAGUUAACUGAUCAUUUCGCCUCUUCCAAUAAAAAAACAAAGAUGUGAGAUGCUCAGAGGAAAAAAUGUCACAGUAGUAUUUAUUUGGCUUCCAAUUUAAAAAUAAAAUGCCUGCAAUAGUAUUUUUACUUGUGAAAUUUUAUUAUUAAUCCUUUGAAGAGAACUGCUUUUACGCAGUCAAUGGACUAAAAAUGAAUGAGUUUUCUCACGUGAAAACAUGUCAGGAAAAUCAAGAACACUUUCUACCUCUGUUUCAGCUGUUUGAAACACUUAUUUUAAAACCAAACUUUAAUUUCUGGUGUCCAAAGUAAGUUUUAAGGACAUUUGUUCUUCCAUGUAAAAUAGGUAUGCAGCCUAUUUUCUGCUGAACUAAUGGAACAAUUCUGCUUUCUGAUAUUCUUAAUGUUACCUAUUAAAGUGGGUGCGAAUUUUGCCAGUAGGGAACGACUCACUACCUUUUUAAGCUCAAAUUCCCCCAAGGCAAAAAAACCAACAACAAAAAAAAACCCCAAAACCAAACGAAAAUAACCUAAAAGCGAAACAAAGUCAAAGACAGACCAAUCUUCAUAGAUUGAAAAGGAGCACUGCUCUCGUCCAGCAUUGUUAUCUGGGCAAAUGGAGCACUUGUAAAAAAAAAUGCACAAUUACUUCCCCAAAAUGUUGCUAAUUGCUUUCACAAGUGGUUCUAAAACACGCAGACUUGAUAUGAUCUUAUACGUUUUAAUGAUGUAUAAACUCAAGGCUACUUUUUAUUCUUUGUGAUAAAUUCUGCUUUAAAAGUUCACAAAUAGGAACCAGCAUUCUAAUUAGAUUUAUUAUUAUCUUGAGGUAGUCCAAAUAGGAUUAUUAGAGUUCAUUGAACACUAAAACUAUGAAACGGUUACUUUUUAUAUUAAAAAGACCAUGGAUUUAACUUGUAAAAAUCCAACCACAGGAUAGUAAUAUUUUUUACUUUUUUAACCAAACUGAAUUUUGGAAGACUCUUGCAAGUGUUAAAAAGGAAGAAAAUAGUUUUGUCUAAUGCUAUAGGUAGAUGUCAUAUUCUGGAAAAUCAAUAGUGUUAAGAUAAUUGCUCUUCUGGGUUAGGAAAAGGAAAGCUCUUCACCAUUGUGGAAGGAUGCUAUGACUUUAAGGUAUAGCUAUUCAUCAUGCUUCUUUUGAGAACUAUAUUUGGUAGUGUAUAAUUACAGAAACAGAUUAGUUGUCCGUUUGCAGAUAUUUAGCACAUAUUUAUCCUGGAUAGAUUGUUUAAGAUGAAUGAUCUGUAACACUGUAAAAUUCCAAUCUUCACAACUGUUUUAAUCAGUUUUAUUUUUGUACAGUAUUAGUAACCUAAGUUAUUUUGCGGUUCUGUUUUUGUAAAUCAAAUGAAAUUGUAAAAAAAAAAAGUAUCCAGACAGUAGGUAUUUGUACAUAUGUAAAUAAAGCUGUCCAAAUAGGCAUAAUAAAAUGUACAGAUGGAUUGAGAAAUCUGAGGUAUUGUGUGAUGGUGAAGACCAAAAACUCAGUUACUGCAGUGGAAAAAGCCCGAUUGACCCUGAUCUCCCAAGAAUUUGAUGGCCAACGCCGAGAUGAUUUUAUUGUUAUGCUUUUCAAAUUUUGUAUUGCACAUUCCCAGGCCCAUUUCUGUUUGAAGAGAUGGGUGGAGGCAAUCAGAAUAACUGUAUAUGUGGAGGGAGAAACUGAGUCUUAGAGAAACAACAAAGAAUGCUUUCGAGUAUAAAAAAUGGUUUUAUUAGAGAAAUGAGGAUGUGGGCAAGCAAGAAUUUUAAUAAAACUUGAAAAUAAGA